AUGUCGUAUAACAAUGUUGAUAAUGGAAAUGAUAAUCAAGGCGCGGGGACAAUAGCAGUGGCAAUCGGCGAGGGCGUCUCCAGCCAAAAUGCUUUGAAAUGGGCUAUUGAUCAUCUCGUCUCUAGAUCUACCAGCCAUGUUCCUAUUAAGCUUGUCCAUGUACAAUGCGAGACUGUUCUACUGGAGGAUCAAGAUGUAGCUGAGGCCUUAGUUGAGUACAUUUCCCGCCAUGGCAUUGUGAGUAUUGUUGCUGGUGCGACAUCCAGGACUGGUGGGUUAACAAGGCGUCGAUUCAAGGCAUCAGAAUCUAUUCCAGGCAGAGUCCUGAAGUUGGCACCACAUUUCUGCUCAGUAUACACCAUCAAACGAGGAAGGGUGAGUGAAAUGCGUGAAGCAUCUCGUCCACUUCCAAAUAUUCCUGCUGGAGAGAGGGCGGCAGAUCACCAUUCCGACCACAUAGGUAGAGGUCCGAUCAACGGAGCAUAUGAUGAGGUCUCAAUGGCUGAGAAUGAUGUUUCGUUUGUAAGCUCAGAAAGACCAAGUACUGAUAGCAUUUUAUCUUUCUACCAAAAUUUUGGGCCAGCUGGACUGACCCGAUUUCCUUUAGAAUCAUCAUCAAACAUGGAGAGUAUUGCAAAACUGGACGAAGAUUUUGAUAGUUUUGAUUUUUACGCUCUGCAUGAACCGUCAUCAACUGUACAACGUUGUGGAGGAACACCAUUCUUGUCGCAGAAAGUAUUGGAAGAUAUGGAAGAGGAGAUGAAAAGGCUUAGAGUGGAGCUGAAGCAAACAAUGGACAUGUACCAUGCAGCCUGCAAAGAAGCAGUGGCAGCAAAACAGAAGUGUCUCAAUAACUAUCCUGAUUGGAGUCUUCUCAUCUUACUCAUAUUCAAUAUACAGACUAUUGAGCUAGAAGAGUGGAAACUGAAAGAAGAGAAAAAACUAGAAGAGGCACGACUUGCCUUAGAAGCAACUAGGGCUGUGGAGAAGAAAAAAGCAAAUUCUAAGGCAGCAGUUUUGGCAGCUGAUCAUCAUCACGAAGCCGCUCAGAGGUUUGCUGGAAAGAGGUGCAAACAACGAUCAGUGCAGAUCAAAUAUUCAAAGCUUUAA